GUCUGCCUGUCUGUCUGUCUGUCUGUCUGUCUGUCUCUGCAGUGCUGGAGCAGGACUCGACCAGGUUACCGUGGAGAUGCCUGCCUUGCUCGGGUCCCUGCCCAGAGGCGUCAACCCUCCCAGUUUACCCAGCAUGCCUCGAGGUGUGACCAUACCCAGUCUGCCCAGGGGGAUGUCGCUGCCGAGGGCCGUCGCUAUGUCGACCGUAUCCCAGGCUCCUCGGAGGCUGCUGCAGGACUGCUGCUCGGUGCUGGACCAUCAGACACCCGGAGGUUUGUGCGGUUGCUGCUGGGCUCUACGUCCUCGCUACAAGCGGCUGGUUGAUAAUAUUUUCCCAGAAGACCCUGAAGACGGUCUGGUGAAAGCCAACAUGGAGAAGCUGACGUUCUUCGCUCUGUCUGCUCCGGAGAAACUGGACCGCAUCGCUGCGUACCUGUCCGAGAGACUGACCAGAGAGCUGAGCCGCCACCGCUACGGGUAUGUGUGCAUAGCGAUGGAGGCGAUGGAGCAGCUGCUGCUGGCCUGUCACUGCCAGAGCAUCAACCUGCUGGUGGAGAGUUUCCUCAGCACGCUGCGUCUGCUGCUGGAGGCCGACAGGCCACACCUGCACAUGCUGGCCACCAACUCUGUACGUGGCGUGGUCAGAGACGACGCUUCUGGAUCCGACGAGCUCGCAGGUGACCAUGAGCUGCGGCCAUCGUCCCAUGGAGAGACCGUCCCCGCUCUGCUGGCAACCUGCAGCACCCUACACAAACCAGCCGCCGUUCUCCUUCUUCCUUCUGUGUGCAUCGCGAGCUCCAGCGCAGCAGGACCAUCUGAGAGAAACCCCAUGUCUGCAGGAGGUCCUAGCAGUGGCAGUACAGCUCUACCUCCGUACGCG